GGAUUACAAUUUACAGGUUCAGAAGGUGAUUUAUCUACCGUCAAAAACUGUUUUGCUCAACAUCUGUUUCAGUUCCAAGACUGUUACUAUAACAUAGAUGUUGUAUUGAACAAAUCCUUUUCAAAACUAAGCAAAAAAGAACUCACAGACUACAAAUGCACGCUAUCUAAUUCUCUCUACGAUUGUGUUAGUUUCAAAGCAAAAACAUUCUGUAACGAAGAGGGCAAUGAAGUAAAUGAUUUAAUACAUCUACUAUCUCCUUCUGUUGAAACCAAAUGCAACAAAACUGGUGUAAUUCUUGGCCAGGCAUCGAACUAUGUUUUGUAAUAAAUAUGAGUUCUUUCUUUUA